AUGAUGAAAUCGACAACUUCAGUCUUUCCACUUGAUUAUCCAACAAAGUCGACAAUAACACCAAUCAGGGAAAGUGGGCAAGGGUUCUUCGAUGACUCGGAUAAACCCCUCACAGGAUUAUCAGGUAAAAACACUACUUUUAACACAGGGACCAAUCCGUAUUCAAAAUCUAUCUGGCGCACAGAACACGACUUUAGGGCCAACGCAGAACAGUUAGCAAGACUGAAGUCCCGAGUAUCCGACGCACGUUAUUCGAAUAAGUGUGAUGUGCUAACGAGAAUGGAGUGUGUACCUUCACCAACGGAACCUCUCCACAUAGAGAAAAUCGAUAACCCGCGACCACCGACACGUCAUGGGAAAGAUUUUCUCGACUCUCUAUUCGAGUUGCUCGCUAAUGAAGAGAAAUAUGCUUAUGUGACGGAUUCACUCAACAUGGUUUACCGCUGGGAGCUUCAUAACAAUAAAAAGUUCAAAAACAAGUUACUUGCUCAAGAUUCUCAAGACGAGAUUGUAGUUUUUGGUAACAUUGACACCAUAACACAAUUGAGCAAAAUUCUAGUCAAAUCGAUCAAAAAAUACGUAUUUGCAUGCUGCAGGUCAGGCACUGUAAGAGAGGACUGGGAAAAUUUUGGCACCUAUCUCAGCGUACCGCAAGAAUUUCGAGACAAUUUCAAUCCGAUUGAAUUUCUCGACUCUCAUUUGAACAAGAUCAAGUCAACAUACUCUGCCUAUUUUUCGAGUCAUCAAAAACAAACUCAAUUAUUGGCCGAUUUAAAGACCAAACAACGACCUUUGUUUUACAAAUGGUACGAAAUUUGCCUUCAAAAAAGUGACCACCUUCGUCUGGAAGAUAUCUUAGAAGCCCCCAUCCACCAUGUUGAUCGCUUUCUCGAAGAUCUGCGGCGGAUGGUCACUCAUGCCAAGAAUUAUCUUACACCGGAAACAUUGCAAGGGCUCAUCUCUUUCACGGAACGCUAUUCGGCGUUUCAAACGGAUUCUUUGGCACUUUUGACGUCCGAGCAGACAAGCUCGCGCCGCGCGCCUUCAAUGCCACCCGAUAUUCAAAACGAGAAACAUCUAACAGUACCAAUUAGCAACGAUUCCUGCAGAUCGAGUGACACACAUUUUUCUCUGUCAUCGAGUCGAUAUUCAGACCACACCAACAUGGAUGUUACUAAUGGUUUUAUCCUAGCUGAAGAAGAAAAUGAAAGGUCGAAGGAGUUUCAUAGUCACUCGGAUAACCCAACCCUCGCAGAAUCCAUUGAUAAAUUCAAACGAGUGGAGCGAUUACUUGACAAGUUGAACAAAGAGCUCAUUAAUUUAGACUUGACCGCCAUUAUUGACAAAAACCUGCGUCAAGCAGAGCAGUGGCGCAACAUAUUUGAAUUCGAACCUGCCAUUCCACUGUUUGCGGUCGAAGACAACGUGGAAUCCAUUUACACAGCCUACAUCAAUAAGAUUCAUCAGCAACGCGAAGAAGUAAUGCUACUUAAGUUAACGAGUCUGCAAACACACGUCGUGGAUCCGCUGCAGCACAUGCGGAAAAUGUGCGAACAUGUCAGCAUCCAAGUAGGGAAUCUCAAAGUACUCAAAAAGGAUUACCUGGCUUCGUUGAUGACCAAGGACAAGCGUGAUAUUAAAACGCAACUCUUGGUCCGGCAUUUUGAAGAACUUCAGACGCAGUUGUUGAAAGAACUGCCAUUCUUUCUUCAGAUUGUAUUCAAACUAGUAGAGCUAUUGCUUCUAGGCUACAACAAGUGCAUGUUGCAUUACAUGGAGUCCUUGUGUGGUGGGAAACGCUUAUUGAAUCGGGAACUAAAGCUGCUUGAAAACGGGGAACGGGAUUCUGGCGAUAAUUUUGAUAUUCUUCAGAUGUUCUCGACUUCUAGAUUUUAUGUCAAGCAAUUGAUCCGCGAAAAUUGGAACUGCAAUGGCAGGGCCAUGGAAAGCCGUGUGGUGCGAAAGUUGUUUGAAUUAUGA